AUGAUUUUAAAUGCACUUAUCCAAAUAAAAAACGUAGAAGAUUCAUCUUUAACUUUUCGUCGUUCCUGUAGAGAAGGUGUAUGUGGAAGCUGUUCUAUGAAUAUUGAUUGCACAAAUUCAUUGGCUUGUCUUCGAUCAUUAAAUAUUAAAAGUAAAUUUAUUACUAUUUAUCCAUUACCACAUACUUAUAUAAUAAAAGAUUUAGUUCCAGAUUUAUCGAACAUCACAUUCCGCAAAUCCGAGAACAAAGAGAAUGCAAAGGUGAAAGGGGAGAACUUCGAGCAUGUUCAAUCUUAUGCACGUGCCCUACGACAAGUCGACAAUGAAAACCCGGGUAUCUUUGAGGAUGGCGAUAGAUUUUUCAAUCUGGAUGAGACCGCCGUUAACGGGGAGUUUGGUAAGAGGGUUAAGGUAUUUGGGUCUGCAGACACACACCACGGUGGAUUUAGCGUGAGUUCAGCAAAUUCUGGCACUGGAAAGUGUAGUGCAGUGACCCUGCACUGUACGCCUGGUCACCGCCGUCGCGGGGCCGCGCUCCCCGCCUUUGACACGUGUACUGUGCGCGCACACUUGGGAAGGUACCCCACGUGUACCACACGUGGACACACGUGUAUGACAGUCGUGUGGCACGUAUAUGAUACGUGUACAACACGUGUACGACACGUAUACAUACGUGGUGGCCACAAGUUUCUAAGCUAA